AUGCCUGGUCCGGUCCCUGUCAUCAUCGGUGUGGCUGAUGUGAAGAAUGGGUCGACCAAGGUCGAAGAUGCCCGGGAGCCCCUGGAUCUGAUGCUCGAGGCCAUAAAGAACGCUAUCGCGGAUACUGGCAGCUCGCAGACAGAGGCGUUGAGAGAAGCUAUUGACAGUAUAGACGUGGUAAACAGCUGGACGUGGCCCUACCCUGAUCUGCCUGGCCUCUUAUCGAAGAAGCUUGGCAUCAGCGCGAAGCACCAGCAUCUCAGUCCUCAUGGCGGUAAUCAGCCAGGCUUACUAUUCGAUGAUGCCGCCAAACGGAUCUCGACUGGUCAAACAAAGGUUGCACUGUUGACAGGUGGCGAAGCGCUGGCGUCAUUAACGGCUUGCGCUGCUGCAAAGCAAAUUCCACCACCUGGCUGGACCAAGCCAAGCGAAACGGUUGACAGCGUCUUCUCACCAACGACAAGACAACUCAAGAACAGUACGUCCAUGUCCGAAGGUGUAAUCAAGGGUAUGCGCAGCGGAGUAACUGGACAGCCUGCAGAUCUCGGCGCUUUGCAUGACAUCGGAGCACCCAUUCAUGUAUAUCCGCUGUUCGAGAAUGGGUUUCGAGCUCACCGCAAGCAGUCGAUCAAGGACAACAAUCGUGAAUCAGCGAAGCUAUAUGGAAGGUUUGCCAAUGUAGCUCAAAAGAAUCCCGUGGCGUGGAAUCAUGGCAAACAUAUAUCGGAAGACUUCAUCGGCACAGUCAGCAAGAAGAAUCGGAUGAUCUGCUUUCCUUACCCACUUCUUAUGAACGCGUUCAACACUAUUAACCUCGCUGGGGCCGUCAUCUUGACAUCGACCGAUGUCGCUCAACAGCUUGGGGUGCCGGAGAACAAGUGGAUCUACCCGCUUGGUGGCGCAGGAACAUCUGACAGUGGUGACUUCUGGCUACGUCCGAACUUCCAUUCGAGCCCAUCAAUCUCGCGUUCUCUUGACGCCGCGCUCGAAGUCAGCCAGCUCAAGAAGGAGGACAUUGAUUUGUACGACUUCUACAGCUGCUUCCCGAUCGUCCCGAAAUUUGCGGCCAGCCAUCUUGGUAUCGAUCUGGAGAAGAGUGAGAAGUCUUUGACCUUGCUUGGCGGCUUGACUUCCUUCGGUGGUGCCGGCAACAAUUACUCGAUGCAUGCAUUCACCGAGAUGACGAGACAACUACGUGCUGGAAAAGGCAAGACAGGCUUGAUUCUUGCCAACGGCGGCAACGCCACGUAUCAGCAUGUAGUCUGCCUCUCGAGCAGACCUCGAGCAGAUGGCUCCGCGUUCCCAUGCAUUCAACCACUGCCUGAUUUUCUCACGGAUCUGCCUGUACCAACAAUUGAGGAGAUAGCGGAAGGCGAAGCCAUCAUAGAGACUUACACAGUUGAAUUCGCUCGUGACGGCAAGCCCGAGCGAGGAUACAUUGUGGGUCGCUUGAAGAAGAACGACCGUCGCUUUGUUGCAAAUCACGCGGAUGAGAUUACAUUACAACAAUUAUGCAGCACGACCGAGGAACCGAUCGGCAGGUCUGGACACGUCAAGCCAGAUACCCAAAGGAAAGGCAGGAAUCUGUUCAGCUUUGCGAAGGAGAGUAGGUUGUGA